AUGGGCAAAAAGCGCGUUCUAGUCAGCUACGGCGUCGACAUCGACGCCGUCGCCGGUUGGCUGGGCUCCUAUGGCGGCGAAGACAGCGUCAACGACAUCAGUCGAGGCCUCUUCGCCGGCCACAUCGGCACAAUGCGGUUGCUCAAAAUGUUCGAAAAGUACAACAUCAAAGCAACCUGGUUUAUCCCGGGCCACUCGCUCGAGACCUUCCCGGACGAGUGCGCCAAAAUCCGGGACGCGGGCCACGAGAUCGGGCUGCACGGGUACAGCCACGAGAACCCCACGGACAUGAGCAUCCAGCAGCAGAAGGACAUCCUCGACAAGACGUACCAGCUGCUGACGGACUUCUGCGGCAAGCCGCCGCGGGGCACGGUGGCGCCGUGGUGGGAGACGAGCAAGGAGAUGACGGAGCUGCUGCUCGAGUACGGCAUCGAGUACGACCAUUCCAUGUCGCACCACGACUGCCAGAUGUACUGGCUGCGCACGGGGGAUAGUUGGACCAAGAUUGAUUACACCCAGGAUGCGCAUACGUGGAUGAAGCCGCUGGAGCGGGGAGAGGAGACGGGGCUGGUGGAGAUCCCUGGGAACUGGUACAUUGAUGAUCUGCCGCCUAUGAUGUUUAUCAAGAACUCGGCCAAUAGUCAUGGCUGGGUGAAUCCGAGAGAUAUUGAGGAUAUCUGGAAGGAUCACUUUGACUACUUCUACCGGGAGUACGACGAGUUCGUGUUUCCCAUGACUAUCCAUCCGGAUGUCUCAGGACGGCCACAUGUGCUUCUCAUGCAUGAGCGGAUCAUUGAGCAUAUCAACAAACACGAAGGGGUGGAAUGGGUAACCAUGGAGCAGAUGUGUGACGAUUUCAAGAGCAAGAACAGUCCCCCAGUCGGAGCAAAAAUGCCUAAAAAGAAGUGA